AAACAACGUUUACAUGCCAUUGAAAGUACACUCAGAAAAAAGAACUCUACUAUAAAAUAAACUCUAUUCUUUGAAUAGACUCUUAAAAGAUGUGAUACGUGUAAGCAUUUAAGUUGCCAUACUAUUAAUUUACACUUCAUACCGCAUAUACAUGAUUUUAUUCAUAAUUAUCAUGGGAAUUUCUCUCGGUGCACAAAGAGAGAGUUAUCACAAGAGAGCGGCGCUGCGAUAAGCCCCACCGAAUGCAUAUAUAACCCGAUCAUCGGCUGUACUCCGGACUCAGUUGAUCGGUGGAAUUCGUGAGCAAUGGAUCGUUGGCAGAAUCGCGUUGCCGUAAUCAGUGGCGCCAGUUCCGGAAUCGGAGCAGCCUGUGCCCGGCUUUUGGUAGGCGCCGGUCUGCAGGUGGUGGGCCUGGCCCGACGCACCGAUCGCCUCGAGCAGCUGCGCCAAUCCUUGCCGGAGGAGCAGAGGAAGCGCUUCCAUCAGCACAAAUGCGAUGUGUCGCAGGAGUUGCAGGUGGACACUGCCUUCGAGUGGAUCGAAAAGGAGCUGGGCGGCAUCGAUGUGCUGAUCAACAAUGCGGGCAUCGUGCUGGGUGGCCAGCUGAUCGAUAUGCCCACCAAGGAUAUCAACAACAUCCUGCAAACGAAUCUCAUGGGCAGCAUUUACUGCACCAAGUUGGCCGCCGGCAGCAUGAGACGCCGCCAGGUGGCUGGACACCUGAUCUUCGUGAAUAGCACGGCCGGAAUGGCCGGCUAUAAGCCGGAUCCGGCGGAUGAGAGCCUCAACGCGUACACACCCAGCAAACUUGCCCUGACUGCCGUCCAGGAGAUCUGCAGACAGGAGCUGAUCAAUCAAGGAUCAAAGAUCAAGACCACGCGCAGACAGACACGAAAUAACAAUGAAACUAAGAACUUAAAACUGUCUGUCAACUUGCCAGGAUAUCAGCAGACAUUUUAAGGACUCCCAGGGAGCAGCAGCGUACCAAAGGCCAAAGAUAAAUGCUCGUGUUUGGAGGGACGAGGAGUGCGCAAAUCGCUUUAAGGGGCUUCUUUGUCACUUAUCGGGUCAAAUGGACAACGAGGUCCCAAUCCUGGACAUCAACAUGUCACUCUUGACCCCUUUCGACUGGACGGGGCGCACCAUCGGCGGCAAAUGAACUCUGAUCUGAACAAAUGAACUUUCAACUCAAUCAAUUAGGAAACUUCGGACGAUUUAAUCGAAAAAUCGAAAUGGCUACCAAGUACGUACUUGGGCUAACUACUAUCCACAUCAAUGGCGUUGUAAUAAGGCUUUAAUAAGGACUACAUUUUCUAACAUUGCAUUUAAGACCGCCAGAUAAUAUAUACCCAAAUGUAUUUCACCCGAA